AUGAUCAAGAAUUUUCCACGCCCAGGACGAAAAAUCCAGACAAAAACCAGUGAGCUUCGGAUUCUGCUGGUUGGAAAGACUGGAGUUGGGAAGAGUGCAACAGGAAACACCAUCCUGGGGAAAGAUGUGUUUCAGUCUGAGGUCUCCUCCUCCUCAGUGACAGCUAAAUGUAAGAAAAAGACAGAGCAUGUAAACGGCAGGCACGUUUCGGUAAUCGACACCCCAGGAAUGUUUGACACAAAACUUAGUAAUGAGGACAUUAUGAAGGACAUCUUAAAAUCCAUCUGCCUUAUGGCCCCUGGACCACAUGCAAUCUUAAUCGUGCUUCAGCUGGGACGAUUCACACAAGAGGAGAAAGACACUUUGGAGGUGAUCAAGCUCACCAUAGGUGAGAACGCUCUGAAGCACUCAAUAGUGGUUUUCACACAUGGAGAGCAGCUAAAAAACAAAACUUUAAGUGACUUUGUAGGCAAAUCUGGCAAAGACCUCAAAGAUAUUGUGGAUAAAUGUGGGAAAAGAUACAUAGCCUUCAACAAUGAGGUCAAAGGAUUCAACAAUCAAGCCCGGACACUUCUGACGCAAAUAGAUGAGCUGGUUGCCAAGAAUCAAGGCUUCUACACCAACAACAUGUUCCCAAAGGCAGAGGAGGCCAUCCAGAAAGAGAAGGAGAGGAUCAGGAAAAGGAAAGAGGAAGAGUUUAUAAAGAGGAUGGCAGAACUGAAUGCUGAAUACAGAGGGGCAGAACUGUUGGAGAAGAUAAAAGAGCUCAUAGCAGCAACGGAGGAAGAAUUGCAGGCAGAGGCAGAAAAAAACAACACUUUCAUAAAGGAGUGGCUGGUUGCACUGGGAGCAGGAGGCUUAGCAGGAGGAUUAGCGGGAGGAGCAGGAGUAGGAGCAGCAGUAGGAGUACUCGGUGGACCCGUGGGGAUUGCGGUCGGAGCAGCAAUAGGAGCAGGAGUGGGAGCAGCUGCAGGAGGAGGGGCAGGUGUCGGGAUUAAAGCUGCGAUCACGAAGUGCCGUAUUCAGUGA